UGAUGCUCCUCAUCCCACUGCCAGCCUGGCUGGCCCUGGGCAUCCUGCAGCUGCCCCUCGGCAGCUCCCAGGAAUGCCUGAACCGGCAGCAGGCGCUCAGCGUGGUGCGGCAGAUGCAGAAGCUGCUGGUGGCACAGGAGGCCGCCCACCUGCAGGGCACCCGUGGGCUCCGGCACCAGCUUUCCAUCCUCCAGAGCCACCUCCAGAGAGCAGCCACCAAAAGCAACGGUAAUCCUGGCUGGUCACCACCAUGGGUGACAUCCCAUGGGGCCAGCUCUGAGCCCUGGCCCCACACAAACAGCCUGGGCAAGGGACCCCCAGCUCCCUGUCAGGCUGGGGUUGGCUGCAGGUUGGAAGUGCCCAUCCCCACCCGUGUCUGUCUGUCCACAGAGAUGUGUCCGCAGCUGGCAGUGCCCCUGAAUGGACGGAUGCUGGGCCGGAGCCUGCGGGUGGGCCACGAGGUUCACUUCAUCUGCGACGCCGGCUUCUGGCUGGUGGGCUCGGAGACACGCGCCUGCCGGCACAACCGCACCUGGAGCGGCACCCAACCCUUCUGCAGAAGUAUUGAUGACUGCUCCAGCAACCCGUGUGCCAACAGCGGGACCUGCGUGGAUGGCAACCAGAGCUACACGUGCCUCUGCCCCCCAGGCUGGUCAGGCCCCAGCUGCCAGAGCCCCAUCUACUCCUACUGGGUGACACUGAGCAACACCUCCUUCAGCCGCCAGCCCCGCUGUGCCGAGGGCCGCUCGGGCUCCCGGCGCUGCAGCUGUGACACCGGCUUCCAGCUGCAACCUGGUGGUGUGUGCCAAGAUGUGGAUGAAUGCCAGCUCUACCAAUCCAGCCCCGAGACACAGAUUUGCCUCCAUGACUGCCUCAACCUCCCUGGCUCCUACCGCUGCCUCUGCCCCCCUGGGUACCUGCUCCAUGCCGACCGCAAUGCCUGUGAGGACGUGAAUGAGUGCGCUGGGAAGCAGCACAACUGCAGCCAGGGUGACCUCUGCAUCAACACCUUUGGGGGCCACCGCUGCGUGCGCCCCAAGUGCCCCCCGCCACGCCACAACACCAGCUAUGUCAAGACCUCUGCUUUCCAGUGCGAGAGGAACCCGUGCCCCAUGGACAGCCGAGCCUGCCACCUGGCUGCCAGCUCCAUCUCCUUCCACUACCUGCCGCUCCAGGCCAACCGCACUGUGCCCCGAGUCCUCUUCAAGAUGUCCACCACCCGCUUCGUGGGGGACAGCCUGCGCUUCGCCAUCACGGGCGGACGGGGCCAGGGCGUCUUCGCCGUGCGGCGCUCGGACCGGCAGACGGGAGAGCUGCUGCUCACCAGCCCCGUGGCGGGGCCAGCCACGCUGGAGGUGGAGCUGGAGAUGAGCGAGUUCUCCCACAAAGUCCUCCUGGGCAAGCACAUCUUCAAGGUCACAGCCUUUGUGUCCCCGUAUGUGUUUUGAUUCCCUUUGGAGGCAGGUGUGGGGCCAUGCCAGGGCCUCUCCUGGGGAGGAAUGGAGCAGGUUCAGCUCAGUGGUCCCAGUUUUUGUCCCAUUGGACAUAAUGGGACAAAAAUCCCUCUGCCAUAAUGCUUUCUAAUAGCCAUCACAGCAAAAACUGUGUCCCUAUAGGAAAAACCCCAUGGCCAAUGGAAGGACUGGCCUGCCUCUGCCAGGCCCCUUCCUCUCUGCCCACAUGGCACACAGAGGGGAAAGACAGAGUGAGCCAACAGCACUUGGCAUGCAGAUUCAGCUUCUUGCAUCUUGUAAUCUCUAAUAAAAGAAAAGUGGCUGUA